AUGUCAACACUGAACUUUCCAACCGCCGCCGCCCGCGUCAAGGCUGGCGAGCCUUCCGUCCAACUUGCCAAGGAGCUUUACGCCGUGCUGUCGGAUGCGGAGAAGAUUGCCAUCCUGCACGGCGACGAAGCCAUCUGGAAAGGACUCCGCGACAUGUUCAUGUCCGGCUACAACCUUAGGCCAUACUCACACGGUGCCAUACAGCGACUUGAGAUUCCCGGUUUGCAGUUCAGCGACGGUCCUCGCGGCGCCACCAUCGGCUCUGGGGCUACCGUCUUUCCAGUGUCGACGGCGAGGGGAGCGACCUGGGAUCCGUCGCUCGAGAAGCAGAUCGGCAUCGCCAUCGGCAAAGAGGUCCGCGUCAAGGGCUGCAACUUCUUUGGUGGAGUCUGCAUCAACCUCCCCCGGCACCCGGCUUGGGGUCGGUACCAGGAGUCUUAUGGCGAGGAUCCGCUUCUCUUGGGCGAGUUUGGGGCGGCUUUGACCGAGGGUGUCCAGGAGAACGCCAUCGCGUGUGUCAAGCACUACGCUCUCAACUCGAUGGAGAAUGCCCGCUUCACGGUCGACGUCACUUGUGCGGAAGAUGCCCUCCACGAAGUCUACUUGCCCCACUUCCGACGCUGCGUCGAGGCAGGGGCAAUGGCAAUCAUGUCGGCGUACAACUCGGUCAACGGCGAGUGGUGUGGGCAAAACAGGACCCUCCUCACGGACAUUCUCCGUGACCAGUGGGGUUUCAAGGGCGUGGUCAUGUCCGACUUUAUAUUCGGUCUUCGUAACGCCACACUCUCCGUCAAGAACGGCCUCGACGUUGAGGCGUGCUUCGCUCAGCAAAGGGCCCAGCACCUCCCUGGCGCACUCAAAGAUGGGUCGCUCAGCUUCGAGGAGCUGGAAGCGCCAGGCCUGCGGAUCCUCGCUACGCAACUCGAAUACAUGGCCACACGGACGGAGGAGGAGCCCGACCCUUCCGUCUUCUUUUCCGCCCAGCACCGUGCUCUUGCACGAACCGCGGCGGCUCGCUCCAUCGUUCUGCUCAAGAAUGCGUCCUCGACGGGCACGCCGUCCGGCAAACCCCUCCUUCCGCUGGCGCCAUCCACGGCUUCGGUUGCGCUCAUCGGCCGCCUUGCCAACGCUCAAAACACUGGCGACCGGGGAUCUUCAAACAUCCGUAACUCGGACGUCAAGACUCCUUACGAUGGUCUGAAAGCUGCGCUUCCCUCGUCGACCGAGCUUGUGCUCUCUGACAGUGGCGACAUUGCCGAUGCCGUCGAGGCGGCCAAGAAGGCCGAGGUUGCCAUCUUGGUCGUAGGCUAUACGUCCCUCGACGAAGGAGAAUGUAUCCGCCCCGGCGCCGGAAACACUAUCCGAGCUCUCUUCCCGCCUCCUGGUCCUGAUGACCAGGCCGUCAGCGACAUGGUGUUCCAGACCCUCUUUGGGGACGAGGAACUCAAGUCCGAUGCCAACCUUGCCAAAGGUGGCGACCGCGAAUCGCUUCGUCUCCUUGCGGGCGACGAGGCCCUGAUCAAAGCCGUGUCCGAGGUCAACGCCAACACCGUCGUGGUGAUUGUCACGGCCGGACCUGUCAUCAUGCCCUGGCGCGACUCUGUGCCGUCCAUCCUCAUCGGGUGGUACGCAGGCUGCGAAGGCGGGCACGCACUGGCCGACGUCCUGCUCGGCAACGUCGAUGCCUCGGGUCGCCUUCCGUACUCCAUUCCCGAGUCCGAGGAGCACCUUCCCUUCUUCGACCGCGACGCCACGGCUAUCACGUAUGACCGAUGGCACGGCCAGCGUCUCCUCGACCGCGACGGCGUGCAGGCCGCGUUCCCCCUCGGCUGGGGUCUGAGCUUUACUAGCUUUACGAUAUCGGGACCCCUCAUUGUCAAGCCCGACACGGCCGCCGAGAAGAUUCACGUCACGGUGUCGGUGCGCAACAAUGGGUCGCGCGCAGGUCGACACGUCGUUCAGGUGUACGGAUGCCAGUCGUCCGACCCUGCCUUCCCUCCUCGGGUCCUGAUCGGAUUUCAAAGCAUCGAAGUUGCGGCCGGCGAGACGGUCGCAGUGGACGUGGAGGCGUCGACUCGCCCGUUGCAAAAGUAUGAGAAUGGCUCCUGGUCGCUGGUCGCCAAGCAAGUCUCACUUGAGGUGGGCGCGUAUGCCGGUGAUGAGACCAGUGUCCGUGGAUCUGUGGAAUGUGCCAGUUCGAGUAAGCUGUGA